UAUCCUGGUUUGGGUAGCUAGCUGUUCCAAUUGAGUAGAUUGAUCACAAUUGCCAAUGUUUAGAAUCACCAGAAUCAUGGGAGUUGAGCAAAUCUGGCAAGUCGGAAGACUUACCCCGACACGACAAGCAACUCAGUUUGUUACGAGAGCUAAGAAGGAACACUUUUCCACACAAUCGCGUCAUCAUGAGAUCGUUUCAGGUUAUUUUCGCCAUUGUCGUCCUCGUGGGUCUGUCUUUCGGACUUCCCCAGGGUCGUAAUCAACCCCAAGCCGGUGAUUUCAACACCGAUCAAGCAUCUGAUCCCGAGUCCGAACUCCAGGAUCCCAUCUUCGCCAAAGAGAUUAUUCAUUGCCAAACCAAGGAGGUGAUCUACGUCAACGAGGAUCAAAUCGACGCAUUUGGUUGUCUUGUUGGCCCAUGUGGUGAUAAGGUCUGUCCCAAUGGUGCUGUGGGUGUGGGUCAAGAUCGGGCUACUUUCCGGGGCAAUCAAGGACCCCCUAACACGGGCUCCAAUGGCAAUGCCGGUCCCAUUGACCAAGCUGGACGACCCGUGGACCCAGCUGCCGUCACCUACUUGAAACAGAUUGAGGCCUACAAAGCCUGGGAGUUGCAACAAAUCGAAAAUAACAAAAAGAUCAUCGGCUAGAAAUGUACAGAAUGUGUUCACCGACAAUUGGGAGAUAUUGACAAUCUCGUGAACCACCCAAUAAAUUGAAUCUCGUAAAGAUGCUCAAGAAACUUUUG